CCGCCAACGCUUCGCCAGAGCCAUGAACGAGGAGUACGACGUGAUCGUGCUGGGCACAGGCCUCACGGAAUGUAUUCUCUCUGGCAUUAUGUCGGUGAACGGAAAAAAAGUCCUCCACAUGGAUCGCAAUGCUUACUACGGAGGCGAAAGUGCAUCUAUCACACCCCUGGAGGACUUGUACAAACGGUUUAAUCUACCCGGAUCUCCACCAGAGUCGAUGGGCCGAGGAAGAGACUGGAACGUGGAUCUGAUUCCCAAAUUCCUGAUGGCGAACGGCCAGCUGGUCAAGAUGUUGCUGUACACCGAAGUUACUCGCUACUUGGACUUCAAGGUGAUUGAGGGCAGCUUUGUCUACAAGGCAGGGAAGAUUUACAAAGUUCCCUCAACCGAGGCAGAAGCCCUGGCCUCCAGUCUGAUGGGCCUGUUCGAGAAACGGCGCUUCCGGAAGUUCCUGGUGUACGUGGCCAACUGUGAUGAGAACGACGCCCGCACCUUUGAAGGGAUUGAUCCCAAGAAGAACACCAUGCGGGACGUGUACAAGAAGUUUGACUUGGGCCAGGAUGUGAUCGACUUCACCGGCCACGCUCUGGCACUCUACAGGACCGACGACUACCUAGACCAGCCUUGCCUCGAAACCAUCAACAGGAUCAAACUGUACAGCGAGUCUCUGGCUCGAUACGGCAAAAGCCCCUACCUGUAUCCUCUCUAUGGUCUGGGAGAGCUGCCCCAGGGAUUUGCAAGGUUAAGUGCCAUCUACGGAGGCACCUACAUGCUGAACAAGCCAAUUGAAGAGAUUGUUAUAGAAAACGGCCGAGUGGUUGGAGUGAAAUCGGAAGGGGAGAUCGCUCGCUGCAAGCAGCUCAUCUGCGACCCCAGCUACGUCUCGGACAAAGUAAAGAAAGCGGGCAAGGUCAUCCGGGUCAUCUGUAUCCUGAGCCACCCAAUCAAGAACACGAACGACUCCAACUCGUGCCAGAUCAUCAUUCCCCAGAACCAGGUCAACAGGAAGUCGGAUAUCUAUGUCUGCAUGAUCUCUUCCGCGCACAAUGUCGCGGCACAAGGGAAGUACAUCGCCAUUGUGAGCACUACAGUGGAGACGAACGACCCAGAGAAGGAGAUCAAGCCCGCCCUGGAGCUCCUGGAGCCUAUUGAGCAGAAAUUUGUUAGCGUCAGUGACCUGUUUGCACCGACCGACCUGGGCAGAGAGAGCCAGAUCUUUAUUUCCCGCACUUACGACGCAACCACCCACUUUGAGACAACGUGUGAUGACAUCAAAGAUAUUUACAAGCGGAUGAUGGGCGUAGACUUUGACUUCGAGGAGAUGAAGCGGAAGAAGAACGACAUCUACGGUGAAGAGGAGCAGCAGUAG